UCUCCAAACCACAUCUUCAACCAAACUCACAAACAAGAAGAAGAACCAUAACAAGAACAAGAGAAGGAUUCUGCGUUGGAAACCACACAAGAACAUAGAGAGAUAAGACUUCUUGAUCUUGAAAAAGAAGAAUGGCGUAUGAGAAAGUCAACGAGCUUAACCUUAAGGACACAGAGCUUCGUCUUGGAUUACCUGGAACAGAACAAGUUAAAGAAGAACAAGACGUUUCUUGCGUUAGAAGCAACAAGCGUCAACUACAAAGCGAUAACGAGGAAGAAUCGACUACACCUCCUACAAAAACUCAAAUCGUCGGUUGGCCUCCGGUGAGAUCUUACCGUAAGAACAACAACAACAACAACAACAACAACAACAACAACAACAACAACAACAGUGUUAGCUAUGUGAAAGUGAGUAUGGACGGAGCACCAUACCUCCGUAAAAUAGAUCUCAAAACGUACAAAAACUAUCCAGAGCUUCUCAAGGCGUUGGAGAACAUGUUCAAGUUCACGAUCGGUGAAUACUGCGAAAGAGAAGGAUACAAAGGAUCUGAAGUUGUACCAACGUACGAGGAUAAAGAUGGAGACUGGAUGUUGGUUGGUGAUGUGCCAUGGGAUAUGUUCUCUUCCUCUUGUAAGAGACUCAGAAUCAUGAAAGGAUCUGAUGCUCUUGCUUUAGACUCUGCCCUAUGAUGAUGAUGUUGAAGAGACUUCGAUGAGAGCUUUUGAUGAUUGAAACCCUUUAUUUGAUUUGGAUCUGAUCGGUGUUUGAGUAGUUGACUACACCAUAAACAAAUCCUUCAGGGUUUUGUUAGAUGAGAUAGUUCCAUAUCCAAGUGAUUUUCUUUUUCUAUUUUCUUUUUUAGAUUUGGAGUUCCAUGUAAAGAAGAUACAUGAAUUUUUUUAAUGUAUAAUACGGACAUAUACACAAUAUAGAUGCAUAUGUAGCAAUGUUAUUGAGGAAAAAAAUAGUCUUUAAUUUCGUUUUAA